GUGCAUAAUCUGGCAGGGCGCACAUUUCGGCACUACACCGGACUGAAGCCACUGAAAGCUUUGACUGCCAUGAUCUCCCCAGACUACGAUGACAGCACCGCGUUCCUGGGAGACUGGGGCCCUUUUCAAAGGACAGUCUUCGCUCUCUUGUGUUUGAGCAUGAUUCCGAAUGGCUUCACGGGUUUAUCCAUGGUUUUCAUGGGCGACACACCCGCUCAUCGCUGUCUCAUCCCCGCAGCUCUGAAUAUCACGGACGAAUGGAGAAACGCGUCUAUUCCUCUGGAGGAGGACGAGGAGAACCGGGAUUCUCGGUUCAGUAAAUGUUCAAGACACCGAAUGGACGUCGUGAAAAACUAUUCGGACCGAGGUUUGCUCCCGUGGGUGGAUGUGAAUGUCUCGGAUAUUCCUCAAGAAGGCUGUCUGGACGGCUGGGAGUAUGAUACAGGAACAUACAUCUCCACGAUCGUUUCAGAGUGGGAUCUGGUGUGUUCAGAUAACUGGAGGGCUCCGUUGACGACCUCACUCUUCUUCUGUGGUGUUUUGACUGGUUCUGUGAUCUCUGGACAGAUGUCUGACAGGUUUGGUAGGAAAAAAGUGCUGUUUGUUACCAUGGGGAUUCAGACAGUAUUUACCUUCAUUCAAGUCUUCUCCCCAUCUUGGCUGAUUUUUUGUUUGUUGUUUUUCAUUGUUGGAAUGGGCCAAAUAUCAAACUAUGUGGCAGGAUUUGUUUUAGGAAUGGAAAUAUUUAGCCCAUCCGUUCGUGACAUCUACGCCACUCUUGGCGUGUGCCUUUUCUUUUCAAUCGGGUACAUGAUGCUUCCGUUGGCUGCCUACUUCUUGCGAGACUGGAGAAUGCUGCUAUUGGUCUUCACCAUUCCUGGUAUCUUCUGCAUGCUGCUUUGGUGGUUUAUUCCAGAGUCUCCACGAUGGCUGCUGUCUCAGGGGAGGGUCGUUGAGGCCGAGGCCAUUGUGAGAAAGGCUGCCCAGAUGAAUGGGGUAAAUGCCCCUGAUGUCGUUUUCCCCCUAAAUCAGACAAGGGAAAAUGCUGGAAGGUUGCGGACCUACAGUCUCUGCGACCUGGUGAAGUCCAGCAACGUCAGCUGCAUAACCAUCCUGCUGUGCCUGGUCUGGUUUUCCGUUUCAGUUGGAUAUUGUGCCUUGUCUCUGAACACGUCCAGUCUGCAUGGGAACAUCUACCUGAACUGCUUCUUGUCAGCAGCUGUGGAAGUGCCUGCCCUCAUCAUGGCCUGGCUGAUGCUCCGCCGCUGGCCUAGACGUCUCUGCUUGUCUUCCACCCUGUCAUUAGGAGGACUGGUUCUUCUCUUCAUACAACUCAUACCACAACAUAUGAAUUAUGUUGCCUUUUCACUGGUGAUGCUGGGAAAGUUUGGUCUGUCGGCAGCAUUCUCAAUCCUUUACCCCGCUACUGCGGAGCUUUACCCCACUGUACUGAGGAACACGGCUUUAGGAACCUGCUCAAUGGCGUCCAGAGUCGGCAGCAUAUUGGCACCGUACUUCAUCUACUUAGGAAGUUAUUACAGAUCUUUGCCUUACAUUUUAAUCGGCAGUGUGAACAUUCUCUCCGGGUUACUCAGUCUUCUGCUUCCAGAGAGUCUAGGAUCACCUUUACCAGAGACUAUCAGUCACAUGCAGACAGUAGUUGGGUAAGAGCAGCGCCCUCUGCUGUUUGCUGUAGCAUUAGCAGUACUCUAUGCAAUGGGCCAAAUUUACUAAAAGUUUACAUUUGGUAUAGUCUUAAUUUCAUCAACAAAGACGACGACGAAAAAUAUUAAUUAACGAACAUUUUUUCUGUGACUAAGACAA